GUGAAAAGAACGCGGUGCGUUCAGUAAGGUGUUUGUUUACGUUACUUCGAUUAAGGAGAGGUUAAUAAUGAAGAAGUUUAUUAGUACAGUUAGGGCGGCUGUAGAGAGUCUUCUUAGCCGCGAUGAGGAUGAAACGACAGAGAACACAGAGGACACCACCGGCCCCGUAGUGUUCGCUGAAAACAGUAACAUACAGUUAAGAGUGAGAGUAAACGAGCAGACGAGCCGAGUGGAGCUUGAGGGACCAGAACCGAGCCUGACCCAACUCAGCACCCAGGUCAAAGAGGUCGUGCUGCCUUCAGCUGGACUCAGUAACAGCAACGUCUCAACUGAUCAGAAGACACCUCAGAGUACCGCUGGAUUAUCUACACACCAGUCAGACACCAGCAGCAGCCAUGAGAGACCAGACAGUGCAUGUGCUACAUGUGAGACUGAGGAGACUGAUAUGGACAGAGGUGAGGCUGAGCAGGAGGCAAUGGGGCGCUUCAUCCCUGAGCCCAUGCUGUGCUGUGAAGGUGAGAAAGAUAAGGUUCCUCCCUCUCUAGAGACACUGUACCAGACUGCGCAGUGCAACAGCAUCUUGGAUUGCCUACUGUUAGCAGCCCACGUGUUACUGCUGGAGACCGGCUUCCUGCCACAGGGUUGUGACGUCAGAUCUGGAGAAAUGCCCAGUGGCUGGAAUGCAACAGAGGGCCUCUGCAGACUGCGGUACUUUUACCCGUUCUGUGAGAACAGCCCAGUUCAGAUGGUUGGCAUGCCGAAGGGCCAAGCACUUAUUAUAAAGACCACUAUAAAGACAACCGUUGAAGAAGAAUUUUCACAGAAGCUGGCACUGAAUCCUGAAGAUUACGUGACUAAGGAGUGGGCAGGUGGAAAUGCUGGACUGGUCUACAGAGAUAUGCAGAAACUGUCUCGUGUUUUUAAGGACAAGUUGGUUUACCCACUCAUUGCAAGAGCUAGAGAAGCACUGGGUCUGCCUGCACUGUUUGGUCUCACUGUGCUGCCCCCUGAGCUGCUUUUAAGUAUAAUGUUGCUGCUGGAUGUUCCCUCACUCCUAAAGCUGUCUGAAGUAUGCAGAUACCUGCACUCUGUAACUCAAGAUGCGUCACUCUGGAAACACUUUUUGUACCGUGACUUUAGAGCUGACACUGAGCACCGAGACUGGAAAAAGCUUUACAAAAAGAAAUAUCAGCAAAAGAAGGCACAGCAAAAAUGCAUAAUGAGGCGUUACGCUCAGAUUUCUCCAGUUCAUCUUCACAUCCAAGAUCCCUUCCCUCAUCUACCAAUUCCUCUUUUCCCCCCCGGUGUCAUCAGAGAUGAAGACUAUCAAAGACAUGCUCUUCUUCAGGCCAUCCUGCCACGCCAACACCAUGACCUUAUUGGCCGGAUUCUAGAUUACGAACCACCAGUGUGACGCCAAGGCCAGGGAGAGGCCAUUAUUUCUGGGACAUUACAGAAUGAAGCUGCUCCCUGUUUGGCAUCACCACAGCGGAUCAAGGCCACAACUGGGUCAUCAACAGCAGACCGGUAAGGGUCAAAGUCAAGGAAGGGAACUGGAGCCUGCAAACAGAGGCAGAGUGACCAGUCCUCUACCUCCUGUGGCCAAACGAAACAACAACAAUACCAACAAAUUACAAAAAGAAAUACAAGGGAUAACAAAAGAAUAAAUUGAAGCCCCAAAUUUAGAAACAAAUAACCAAAGCUCUCUAGAGCAAACGUGG